GACGAAACAGAAGCCAUUUUGCACGGGACAACUAUAUAACGCUUAUAACUGAGAUCGAAAAAAAAAAUUAUCUACCAUAUGAGCGUACUUGAGUAAAUAGCUAAUAUGGAGAAUCAUGAAACCCUUGCUUGUCGUUUAUGUGGUGACAACCAUCUGAUAGAAAAGUGUCCGAACACAACGUGUACACAACCAGCACCGUCAUCACAACAACAACAACCAGGUGUUACAACUGAUGGAUCCCCUUCAUCAAAUUCCCUCUCUCCGUCGUCAUCUACUUCAUCCUCGUCGUCGUCGUCACCGUCGCAAACGCAGGAAGCGAAGUUGGAACGUUCUGAGAAGAAAAAGAGAAUCCAAGGUCGCUGUUUCAAAUGUCACCGAAUGGGUCACUAUGCUCGCGACUGUUAUUCGGACCGGUGUUACCAGUGUCACAAGAGCGGACACUUAGCCAAACACUGUUUCACGUUUGUUAGUCGGUGUUACGUAUGUAACCAACUUGGCCACGUGGCUCGCCAGUGUAACCAGCAGGAAAUACUGAGUGGUUGCUGUUACAACUGUGGCCAACAGGGACAUGUCCAGCGCUACUGCCCGAACUUGAUAUAUCGUACUUGCUAUCGUUGUGGCGAAACCGGGCAUGUAGCUCGCAAAUGUGUCUAUUUGUCCGGCAGUACGAACAAUGUAAACAAUAAUACCACUAAAUUGAAUGGUGCGGUUUCAAAACCUGAUAGAGCGUCGGAAAAUUAUUCAACUCCCAGUACCACCGCAGACAUCCUAAACAUCACAGUUGCUUCCACCACUACUACUGUAACUGACAAUACCAAUAUAACCACCACUGGCAAUGACUACACUAUCAACACCGCCACUUCAACCACUGACAUCGGCGCCACUCCUGGCGAUGCAGUCAAUACUGACACAACCAAGGAUGCCACCAUUACCACUGUUAGUGCUACUAUUCCAAGCACCAUCACUUCUGCUACUGAUGCUAUUAAUACUACAACUACUAGUACCACCACUAGUGCUACAGAUGCUAGUGGCCUGUCUCUCGCCACAGAACAUUCUGUAGUUAGAACUGACAAUAUUGGUGAAACCAGUGGCAUUGCUGUGAGUGAUGUUCAAAAGGAAGACAGCUACUCUAACAGCAGCACCAGUGAUUCGGAAAUAAUGUACUGUGUUAAAUUUGAAAGUAGUCGAAGUUCGAGUGGGUCGGAAAUGAUUUGCAGAGUGGAUAGUAGUGAGGAAGAUGAAGAUAUGGAGACUCGGAGGAGUCUUCUAUUGAGAAACUUUGAAGUAGUCGAAGGAGCUAUUGAAGUCGGCGAGCAGACAGCUGCGGCGAGAGUAUCUUAUAGCGAAGGAGACCAGUUUGACAUUCAUGGUAAAAAUCCAGAUGAGUCAAAAGAGACUAGCAAUGAAGUUUGUCUUGAAGAUAAUCCCAGCAGAGACGAGUCACUAGAAUCUAAAGCUACUCAUGGUUCAGGAGAUAUUAAUACAAAUGUCAACUUAUCAGAAUUUAAAAACUACUUUGAAACAGCAAAUGAAAUGAGCAAUCCCCAGGCCAUGUCUGACCGAAGCAUCCCCGAGAAGAGUUCGGUUACAAAUAGCCCUGGAAAGGAAGCGAAACAUAAGGUUGGCCACGAUCUUGUAUCGGAUAAAAGCUUUAUGGUGUCCAAUUCUGAUUAUCAGGCGAACAAUGAGGUCAGUCAUUUAACAACGGCAUUAAGUUCAAAUGACGAAGCGGUCAGUGGUACGAAUACCGACAGGUCUAUCACCAGCAGUGAGGUCAAUUUUAGUUGUGUCGUUCUGGAUGAGAACGUAACUUGUAAUUCUAGAGAAUUGUCAAGAGAGCCCAGUUCUAGCAUAGAUAUCGCAACAGAACAGAACGCUCAGUUGGAGAAAAGCGAAGAAUUCAAUGCUUCUUGUAAAGUUUCAGAGUUAACCGAAGACGUCAUUAAUACAAGUGGCUCUGACAGCGAUCAAUUAACGUCAUCGGACGACACUGUUGUUUCAGCAGAAGACACCCCUACGGGUGUUGGAGAUGCUACAACUACUACAACAGCGGAUUCUGCAGCUACUUCUACUGCAGAUCACCCCGCUAUAACGAAAAUUGAAGACUCUAGGGUUAUUACUACUACCACAGACACUGCAACUCCUGCCGCAACGGACACUGCGACUCCUGCCGCAACGGACACUGCGACUCCUGCCGCAACGGACACUGCGACUCCUGCCGCAACGGACACUGCGACUCCUGCCGCAACGGACACUGCGACUCCUGCCGCAACGGACACUGCGACCUCUCCUGCAGCGGACCCUGCCGCAACGGACACUGCGACCUCUCCUGCAGCGGACCCUGCCGCGGACACUGCGACUUCUCCUGCAGCGGACCCUGCCGCGGACACUGCGACCUCUCCUGCAGCGGACCCUGCCGCGGACACUGCGACCUCUCCUGCAGCGGACCCUGCCGCGGACACUGCGACCUCUCCUGCAGCGGACCCUGCCGCGGACACUGCGACCUCUCCUGCAGCGGACCCUGCCGCGGACACUGCGACCUCUCCUGCAGCGGACCCUGCCGCGGACACUGCGAUCUCUCCUGCAGCGGUCACUGCGAUCUCUCCUGCAGCGGUCACUGCGAUCUCUCCUGCAGCGGUCACUGCGAUCUCUCCUGCAGCGGUCACUGCGAUCUCUCCUGCAGCGGACACUGCGAUCUCUCCUGCAGCGGUCACUGCGAUCUCUCCUGCAGCGGUCACUGCGAUCUCUCCUGCAGCGGUCACUGCGAUCUCUCCUGCAGCGGACACUGCGAUCUCUCCUGCAGCGGACACUGCGACCUCUCCUGCAGCGGACACUGCGACCUCUCCUGCAGCGGACACUGCGACCUCUCCUGCAGCGGACACUGCGACCUCUCCUGCAGCGGACACUGCGACCUCUCCUGCAGCGGACACUGCGACCUCUCCUGCAGCGGACACUGCGACCUCUCUUGCAGCGGACACUGCGACCUCUCUUGCAGCGGACACUGCGACCUCUCCUGCAUCGGAUCCUGCUACUACUGGCCUUUCUGCAAUGAGUACGACGGUGUCUGUUGACGCGAAUGGUAUCGGUCGCGAUGGCUCCCUUAUUACAGCUAACAAAACUGCAUCAACAGAGCCCUCUGCUUCUACUGUUGAUUUCGUAGCUAAUGUGAAAGAAAGCGUAGAAAGGCUAGAAGCUACUGCUAAUCAUUUUGGUACUGGUGUUAAUGGCAUUGAUUCUGAAAUUGAUGAAAGCUUCGAUCAGAUAAUUGACCAUUCGCCAAGAAAUAUUGCCGGUGUAAUAGAAGCAUUGACAGUGCCUCAGGCUCUGUCUCCGAUUGUAUCACCAAUUGCUCUGGCAACUGUGUCACCGGUUGCGUCACCAAUUGCUCCAGCACCUGCGUCACCAAUUGCUCCGGCACCUGUGUCACCGGCUGCGUCACCAAUCGUGCCGGCACCUGUAUCCUCUGCUUGCAAGUCUUCCUUAUCGAACGCCAACCUGUUUGAGGAAAGAGAGCUAGAGUCGGAACCGUCCUGUCUAAACAAUGAAGAGCUGCCAGAAACAGAGGCUCUUAGGCGUUCUCAAAGCUCCAAUUCCAACCAAUCAUUAGACUCAGAGGAAGAAGAUUUUUGUUCGAAUCAGAGUAGCGAAGAUCAGGAGUACCAUUCAGCAGACAGCUUUUGCACGAAGCUGUAACUUCUCUCCCUCCCCAAUCCCGUCUUUCUCGCACUUUUAAUUUAACUUUGACACUUUGCUGAAUAUUUGUAAUAUCAAUUUAGCCAUAAAUCCAUGUAUUUCUCUUAAUCCCCAUGAAAUCAAAUGUUUUCUUGAUCACGGAUUCCUCAGUAUUCCCCUUAAAUAAAACCAGUCAUUGGAAACUAAAGAAUUCGCCCUCGGAAACUUCCACCUUGAAACCCAGUUAUAAUUAGUUAUUGCCACCGAUCCAGAAUAGUUUCGUAAUAACCACAACCAAGAUGUUUUUGUUUUCGCCUUCCUCCCACAAGAAAAACGGAAAGUAAUAACCAGCGACGGUUAUCACCCUAUCUCCUCCAUCAAAACAAGGACUAUAUUUAGACACCACGACCACUUCCAUCAAAUGUUUGUACUAACAGGAUUUUUCUGGUAUUAGAUGAUUGUAUUCGGUCGUAGCCCACCCAAGAUAACCAAGGAGUAAAUACUUUUCCAGCUGUCACAAGCGGUUCACCUUACCAAUGUGCAAUGUUCACACCAAACCCGGUAAAUUGCAUACAAAUUUCUUCGUAGUUCAUCAGCUGUUAACAUAUAUAGAAAAAAAUACAUAAUUUACACUGUUGCCAAUGGCUUACAUAACUAAAUAUCACCGCCACCAUUUUGACUCUUCUGUGAAUUUUAUUGUAGAGCGGCUGAUAAACUGACAUUCUUUUCACAUUCAUCUUACAAAGAUUUAUAAAAUAAGUACCAGUAAAAUUCUGGGAUUGAUUACAUCAACUGAUUUCCCUCAUUUUGUGGGUUUGUGCUUAUUUUAUUCUGGAAUUUUUGUGUAAAUUGUUAAAUCUUGUUUUGAUAUUUUUUAAAACUUAAAGUAGAUUUAUUGGAAAUAAAG